GUAAAAUAUUUGUUGUUUUGAAUUUUGACGUUUAAAUUGUCACUUCGUCACGCAAAUUUUGCGAUUGUCAAACUUUCUUCUCUCCGGCAAAAUCAACGAUGGCAGGAACUCUAUACACGUACCCAGAAAACUUCCGUGCCUACAAGGCAUUGAUAGCUGCCCAAUAUUCGGGAGCUCAAGUUAAAGUUGCAGAGAAUUUUGUUUUCGGCGAAACAAAUAAGUCAGCUGAAUUCUUGAAGAAGUUCCCAAGUGGUAAGGUUCCUGCUUUCGAGACAUCGAACGGCAAAUUCCUUAGUGAAUCCAAUGCCAUUGCCUACUUUUUGGCCAGUGAACAAUUGCGUGGAGGUAAAUGCCCUUUCGCUCAAGCUCAGGUCCAACAGUGGUUGUCAUUCGCCGAUAAUGAAAUCGUCCCUGCUUCCUGUGCCUUGGUUUUCCCCUUGUUGGGUAUUAUGCCCCAACAAAAGGGCAGCACUGCCAAACAAGAUGUUGAGGCCGUAUUGAAGUUGUUGAAUAACAAAUUCUUGGAAUCCACAUACUUGGUUGGCGAACGCAUCACUUUGGCCGAUGUCGUUGUAUUCUGCAGUUUGUUACAUGUCUAUCAAUACGUUUUGGAUGCUGCGGCACGCAAGCCUUUCGCCAAUGUCAACCGUUGGUUCAACACUAUCCUGAAUCAGAAACAAGUUAAAGCCGUGGUCGGCAACUACAGCAUCUGCGAUAAGGCUUUGGUCUUCGAUCCCAAGAAGUAUGCCGAAUUCCAAGCUAAGACUAGUGGCAAGCCCCAACAGCAACAACAAAAACCUAAGGAAGAGAAAAAGCCCGCCGCCAAGAAGGAAGAACCCAAGGAAGAGCUAGAUGCAGCCGAAUUAGCUCUUGCUGCUGAGCCCAAAUCCAAGGAUCCCUUCGAUGCUUUGCCCAAGGGUACCUUUAAUUUUGACGAUUUCAAACGUGUCUACUCCAACGAGGAUGAGAAGGUUUCCAUUCCUUACUUCUGGGAAAAGUUCGAUCCAGAACAUUACUCCAUUUGGUUUGGUGAAUACAAAUACAACGAGGAACUCACCAAGACCUUCAUGUCUUGCAAUUUGAUUGGUGGCAUGUACCAACGUAUCGAUAAGAUGCGCAAACAAGCCUUUGCCUCUGUCUGCCUAUUCGGUGAGGACAACAACUCCACCAUUUCUGGUAUUUGGGUGUGGCGCGGCCAAGAGCUCGCCUUCACCCUGAGCCCCGACUGGCAAGUUGAUUACGAAGUCUAUGACUGGAAGAAAUUGGAUCCCAAGUCCGAGGAGACCAAGAAAUUGGUCGAACAAUACUUCUCCUGGACUGGUACCGACAAAGGUGGUCGCAAAUUCAACCAAGGCAAAAUCUUCAAAUAAAAAGUCUGCAGUGGUAACGCAUUAGCGGCUAUCCCAAAAAGCCGUACGUGCCACGAAUCCAACAAACAACAUCUAAAUUAUAUAUAUGUAUAACAUUAUUUUUACACGUUAUCAAAUACAAGGCGUGAGCGUGUCUCGUGUAUUUCCCACUCACUCUUAAAUAUCCUGUUGCUCCAUUUCGCAAUAGUGAUGAAAGUAUGGCCAUCACACUCAAAAGGAUAUAAGCGUUUUUUUUUAUUGUAUUUGCAUUGUAUUUUUUCUCGCCUUUUUAUAUGUAAUUAAAAAACAAUGUUUUUGUAA